CCUCACUCGCAUAUCGCGAGACACAAGGACACCAGUGUAAGAUGUUCCACAGCAAGUGUACUGCACAGUCCAUGCAUUAUUCAUACUUAACUCCCGGGGAAUAUGAGAUAUUGUCUGUCUGACAGCGACCUUUAUUUAAACAUACAGUCAACACCACGUGGCCACACAAAAGGUGGAUGUCACUUUGAGGGAACAGGUGAGAUAGCUGCAGCUGACACGGAGCGAGACCGCAGUAAACAAGAGGAUCCGCGCGGAGAGUGUAGCUGCACCAGUAGAUAAAAUGAUUGAUGAAGUGAGAGUGUUUGGGGCUGCAGACUAUGCCGUAUUCGCCCUCAUGUUGGCGGUGUCUGCAGCAAUCGGGGUGUUUUUUGCAUUUUGGGGAAACAGACAGAAAACAACGGGAGAGUUUCUGAUGGGAGGAAAAGAUAUGAAGACUGUGCCCGUCGCCAUUUCCAUCCUCGUGUCCUUCAUGUCCGCCAUCUUGAUUCUGGGAACCCCUGCUGAGAUGUAUCGAGAAGGGACGCAGUACUACCUGUACACGUUUGGAUUAAUUGGUGCCAUUGUGAUAUCUGCCGUGUUGUACGUCCCCCUCCUGUAUCCGCUGAAGUACACAAGCUCAUUUGAGUACCUGGAGAAGCGUUUCAACUCCCGAGCGGCGAAAUUAACAGGAACGUGCAUCCUUAUAACGCAACAGGUGCUGUACAUGGGCAUCGCUUCGUUCGCCCCGUCCACUGCUUUAGAAGCCGUCACCGGGUUUCCCACAUGGGCCAGUAUCGUCACUGUCGGACUCGUGUCAACGUUCUAUACCUCGCUGGGAGGAAUGAAGGCGGUUGUGUGGACAGACGUGUUUCAGUCGGCGGUGAUGCUCGCUGGUGUGUUGGCCAUUGUGAUUAAGGGGAUAAGUGUUGUUGGUGGAAUGGAGGAAGUGUGGAGAUUGAACGACGAGUGGGGAAGAAUAAAAUUCUUUGAUUUCAACCCAGAUCCUACUGCCCGUCACUCCUUCUGGUCCCUCGUUAUCGGAACAUUGAUUGGGUGGUCAUCCUUCUACGGGGUCAACCAGGCCAGUGUCCAGCGCUACUGCGCACUGCCCACGCUGCAGCAGGCUAAACUGGCGGUGCUGUUGAAUGUUAUUGGUAUACUGGUUUUGUUGACGCUGGUGUGUCUGGCCGGAAUAACAGUAUUCGCCUAUUAUGCAAAGAAAGGAUGUGACCCGCUGUCGGCAAAAUCUAUCAGCAAUGCAAACCAGUUGACUCCCUACUUUGUGAUGGAGGUGCUGGGCUACCCGGGUCUUCCUGGCUUGUUCGUCUCCUGCCUCUUUAGUGGAGCACUCAGCACGAUGUCCUCCUGUCUGAACGCCCUGGCUGCUGUGUGCUGGGAGGACUUCCUGAAGCCAGUCCUCGGGGAAAGACUGAACGAAGGACAGAAAACACUCGUCACUAAACUGUUGGUGUUGGUUUUCGGUGGAGCUGGAAUCGGAACGGCCUUUAUGGCAAAGAACCUUGGGGGAACGGUGCUACAGGCAUCGUUGAGCUUCACUGGGGCUGCCUCGGGGCCUCUGCUGGGGUUGUUUGCUCUCGGCGCGUUCUUCCCGUGGGCCAACUGGAUUGGAGCUGUGGUCGGCGGUGUUCUGGGGCUUGUGUUUCCUCUGUGGAUCUCUAUAGGAGCCUACACAGUUGUAGGAACACCGUCUGGCCUUGAGUACCCCACCCACAACUGCAGCAUCCCUAACAUCACCAUGACGAGCACAAUGUCCACCGUCAUGCCAACAGAUGAAGCCCCUCUGCAACAUGCUGGAAUCUCCGCCCUGUACACAGUGUUCUCUCUACCAUGUUUCAGUGCUGGUAUCUCCGCCCUGUACACAGUGUCCUACCUGUGGUACCCUGCGAUUGGUGGAGGGACGGUCAUCGUUGUUGGUCUUAUUGUCAGCGCCGUCACAGGUAUGAAUCGGCUGGGUGAUGUAGACACGAGGUAUCUUGUACCUUUCUUCGAUCGCCUCAUCUGCUGCCUCCCCUCCCCCAUCAGCAGAUUUCUCCGCUGUAACCAGGAGUUCAGAGACCCAGAGGAAAUAGGUUCACGGGAGGAGGUCAUCGAGGUAGCAGCAGCUUGUGACGUCAGCAGUGAUCGAUCCAUGAAAGACGUAAGCACCAGCCCGGUCCAAGGGAUGUCAUACAGACACUACGAUGACAAGAAGAUAGCAUAUCUCAAUCCUGCGCUGCCGGUUGUUUAUGAAGAGAAACAGGAAAAAGAAACAAAUUUCUGAAUCAAAGACAGAGAACAACAGCUACGCAAUUGACCAAUGUAUGCCAAACUGUUUGCUGGCUCUUAGAAGAUAUUAAUAUUUAUAUAUGGUUAAUAAAUGAAUAAACAAGUUAA